AUUUGCAAGGUCAGGUUAGUGCGCACAUCCAGAGAGUCGUAUUGGAACUUAUAGUCGUCUCUGUUAAGCCCCCGCUAAGCACGCUAGUCCCACGGGUUUGAUCGGUUUAAGAAUCAAUAUACGACUCUGGAGUAGGUCAGCUGACUGUCCAGGAGGUAGUGGGUAGAUCAGCCACCUAGCCGUUUAGGUGAUAGUCGUGGUAUUCUAGGGCUAGUACGGUUAACAGAUCCUCCGAGGCCAUUUUCCUCUUUCUAGGGGACCAAGUUCAAGGCCGGUACAAGCGUAUCGCUGCCGUGUCUAGACAUGGCUGAAUCAUGGAUGGCUCUUCCGCUCUUUAACCGCCAGAAUUCUCCAGAAUCAUCACGGGAUGUGUUAUCAACGGCAAGCACUGGGCUGCUAUCUGUAGAACCUUCUAUAGAAUGCGGUGAGAGGGACAACUCCGGCCAAGUUAAUCCUCACAACCUGCCAGGUCAGCUACAACUGCCCGCUGACUUGAAUCCCGGAAGGGUUGCCCCUUCUACUCAUUUACCUGAUUGGACGAGAAGGGCCAACCCGGAGUCCCGAUGGAUGCAGUGCGGCGAGCUUGAAGUUCGGGGACCCGGUGCUGUGACGUGCCCGUUUCCUGGGUGCAAGUCGACACUGCAGUUUACCGGAUCCCGGGAGCUUCAACGGCACUAUAGACAACACUUUAAAAGAUAUUUCUGCCGCUAUCCACAUUGUCCGCAGGCGGGGCCAGGUCCAGAGGGCCGUCAUCCCCCCACUAAGCGGGGCUUCGCGACCAGAAAAGACCGUGCCCGGCACGAGGCAAAGCACGACCCAAGGAUUAAAUGCCCUUGUCUGAAUGAGAGAGGCGAGCGGUGUUCGAGGAUGUUCAGCAGGAUUGACAACAUGAGAGAUCAUGUGCGCCGGAUCCAUAACAACAGCCACGAUGCAAGUCAAGAGAUACACGGCACGGCUGAUGCGAAUCCUGAUAUAGACAUUCACCACGAAGCCUAGGCAAGAAGCUGGAACAAAGAAACUUUGAUUCGCAGAAGUGGGUCAGAGGACACUUGUAUGGUAUGGAUGUAGCUCUAGAUAGGGCAUUUUGUUGAGUUCAACCUGGAGAGAAAUUGACGAGAUGUACUUGCAGUAUGAUUUUCAAGAUAUGGACCACAGUUUUGGGAGACGCCGAAAGCAUAUUCUCAUAGAGCAAAUGUCAUCUCGCUUC